GGACAUUGGAUAGUUGUGCCGUAUUGGAAGUUGGCGCUACCCAGUCCGUACGGUAGGGAUGGAAAAGAUUGCAAUUCUAGAUGCAGGUGCCCAAUAUGGAAAGGUUAUCGACCGACGCGUUCGGGAGCUCUCUGUUUUUUCUGAGAUGUUGCCCAUCAACACUCCUCUCGAAACGCUUAUAAAAGCUGAUUACAAGUAGUGUCUUACCAUAUUCCUUCUAUUGCUAUGUAGGGCUUUCAUAAUCUCAGGUAGCCCUGACUCAGUCUACCAGUCUAUGAGUUGCACAUGUGAUCCCAAACUUUUUGACGCAAACAUUCCUAUUCUGGGGAUUUGUUAUGGAAUGCAAGUAUGUUGGCGAAUGUUUUGUUCCUAUAGAGUCUAGCUUAUCAACAAAGUCUUUGGUGGCCAAGUGAUGGAGGGCGACACUCGGCAAGAUGGCGCAUUUCAAAUUGACUGUGACACAACUUCUCCAUUAUUUGAAGGAUUAUCAAAACAGGAGCAUGUAUUGUUCACCCAUGGAGAUCACUGCAUCACUGCUGCAACAGGAUUUAAAGUCAUAGCCAAGUCUAGUUCCAACAUAGCUGGUUAGUUUGUUUCAUUUAUAUUUAUUUACCGUUCAGGUAUCGCAAAUGAUGACAAACGACUUUACGGAGUUCAGUUUCAUCCUGAGGUGGAUCUCAGUACAUGUGGCUUAAGAAUUUUAAGGAAUUUUUUGUUCAAUAUAUGUAACCUGAAGGGAGAUUUUAAAAUGAGUGAUAGAGUAGAAUUGUGCAUUUCCAAAAUACGUGAAGCUGUCGGUCAAAAUAAAAUUUUGAUUUUACUGAGUGGUGGUGUCGACUCCACUGUAUGUGCAGCCUUGCUAUCAAAAACUUUGGAUCCAUCUCAAAUUAUUGCUGUUCACAUUGACAAUGGUUUCCUAAGAAAAAACGAAUCUUUAAGAGUGAUAGAAUCAUUAAAGUCAUUGGGAAUUAAAGUUCAUCUGAUCAAUGCAGGCCUUCGAUUCCUAUCAGGGACUACAAUGCUACACGUCGAUGUAAUGACGGAGGCUUUGGCACCUGCUUCCGUCAGUCCUACUAAAGCACAGUCUGAUUCUGGAAUAAGCUCAGGAACAUCGGACGAGACAUCAGAUCCAAAUACUAAAGAGUGCAGAUCGACGUUAGAUUCAAUGGCAUACUCUCAAACUACGGAUACAUCUAACGCUAAAAGACAGUCACAUGUCAGUGGUGGUGGAAUUCACCCACAUGUAGAAUCAAGAAACAUUCCUAUUGGACCUCUUAGAACAGUUACUAUUUUCCCUGAAGAUAAACGACAAAUUAUUGGUGAUACUUUUGUGCGUGUUGCCCAAGAAGUAUGGACUGAACUUCAGUUAGAUCCUAGUAGUUUAAUGCUCUGCCAAGGAACAUUGAGGCCUGAUCUAAUCGAAUCUGCAUCUCAUUUAGCUAGUCAACGAGCAGAUACAAUUAAGACUCAUCAUAAUACAACCACACUGGUCCAGAUUUUACAGAAGCAGGGUCGGGUUGUUGAACCACUUUCAGAUUUCCAUAAGGAUGAAGUUAGACAGAUUGGUAGACAACUUGGACUUCCAGAGGCUAUUGUCAACCGACAUCCUUUUCCUGGUCCAGGUUUAGCAGUUAGAAUCUUAUGUGCUGCAGAACCAUAUAUUGAACGAGAUUUUUCGGAGACAACAAGUCUUAUAAAAAUGAUCUCUGGAUAUCAUCAAAUGUCGCAAAAGCCUCAUGCACUUUUAAACAAGAUCAAUGCUGCUGCUAGACCUGAAGAACAACAACGUUUAUCAAAAAUUACAGCAAAUCGGUCUCUAGCCGCCUAUGUUCUACCUAUUCGUUCAGUCGGAGUGCAAGGUGAUCAUCGUACUUAUAGUUAUGCUUGUGCUUUAUCUAGUUCAACUGCUCCAGAUUGGGAUGCCCUUUCGUUUUUAGCUAAUUUAAUUCCUAGGAUAUGCCAUAAUAUCAAUCGCAUAGUAUAUAUAUUAGGACCACAAGUUGUUCAUCCAGUAAAUGAUAUUACAAUUACUUACCUUCGAGAACCUGUUAUCGAUACUCUCCGAGAAGUCGAUGAUAGGGUUAUGUCAGUACUUCAAAACAAUGGUUGUAUGAACAACGUUGAUCAAAUGCCAGUUGUUCUUAUACCGAUUCAUUUUGACCGUGAUCCAAGUCAAGUAGUAUCUGUUCCUUCUAUUUUACGGUCAGUUGUACUCAGACCUGUGAAAUCAGCUGAUUUCAUGACUUGUAUUGCUGCUGUUCCCGGUGUUCAUAUUCCAGAAGAUGUUGUUUACAAAAUGCAGAAAGCAGCUGAAGAAGUACCUGGAAUAUCUCGAGUUUUAUACGAUCUUACUUCGAAACCACCAGCAACUAUUGAAUGGGAGUAAUUAGUAAUAUUAUUCUCUUAGUUUAUGUGUGUAUGUGUCCAUUCUGUGUCUUUACAAUUUCUUCAAGAGAUUAUCCUCUAAUUUCUUUAUACCUGCACAGUUAGCAUCAUAGUAACAAAGUGAAUUUCUCGAUCAUGCGUUUAUGACACUUUUGUUGUUAUACAAUACAUUUUCGUUUGAGCUUAUUUCAAUUCUCUACCAAUAAUGAAUAUAAAAAGUCUCACUGUAUAACCUGUUUUUUUGUUCUCGAAAAUCCUGCUUUGUUUCUAUUCUUCAUUCAUUAAAUGUAUAAGAUUUGCUGAUUGAUAAAGUUGACUUGUUUUUUUUUUAAAAAGAUAUAGGUACCUAAGUUGUUCAGUUGAAGGCUCUUACAUUUUGUCAUAUAUCAUGUGCAGUGUUUUUGUACACAUGUAUGGAUCAGGAUCGUUAACACAUUAAUUACAAUUAAUAUAUAAAUCAGUAUUGCUUUAUUCUGGAUGAUAAAGUAAAUUUUAUGUGGAAGCUUCCUGUUCAGUGUUUAUAUUUUGAAUUAAGUUAUAAGAACGUUAUCUAAACGCAAAAUGUUUUCUUCAAAUAAACCAUAUAUUAUGC